GCGAGACUGCCCGAAUGUACUCACAUAUACACGGCGCAUGCGCACGAUUUUAUUUUCUUUUUCUUUCUUUUUGCGCAUGCGAAUUUAAGCGUAAUGCGUGGACUUCAGCGCGUCAACUUUCGCGUUACACCUUCGGUUGGUAGAAGUGCUGGAUAUUACUGCUAAGUUGAAUUGCGUUGGCGGUACCUUUUGUGGUAAUAGGAACGGCGAUUAUGCUGCGAGAUGAAUCGACACUGCACACAAGGAGGACAAAAUGUUGAAAUCACGAAGAAUGAAAGCGAAAUCUAAGGAGGACUAUGUUGUAUGUGUUGGCAUCAGUUGGCUGAAGAAUUCCACAUGCAUCACAGAAUCAGGUAGUUGGAGGUCCAACAGUGCAGUAGCAAGCAAGCUGAAACGUUCAAAAAGGAAAAACAAUGUUUAUUUAUUAUUUAUUUGAGAUUUUCAAUUAAGAUGCUAAUAUCCUGACUCAAGACCACAAGCCAGAGAAAGAAAGGAGAAUACCUUUUAUGCUUGGUAUCCAGUAUUUCUGGAUCCCAGAUUUCAGUCUUUUCCGUCUGCACUUUGGGGAUCAUGGACUUGAUGAUUCGAUAAUGUCUAUCAAAUAAAUGACAAAAUGACAGUGGGAAGAAUUGCUGGAACUUUGUAACAUGUGAGCCUGUAGUAGAUCUCUUAAAUAUUGUACUUGGUUUCAAAUGGAAAGUUUAGAUGUUCAUGGCAUUUGCAUAUCUACAGUUUCCAAUUUAGCUUUCAAGAACACUUGAAUGUUAUUCAUCCCACAUCUUUUUUCACUUUUUUUGUUGAACUGUUUGUUACAUCAGAUUUUAAGUUUUGGUUGAAUAGACAUGGCGUAUCAUUCACUUGAUUUUUCAACUGGAAAUGAUUUCAUCUGCACAGAGUGUGGUGAAGGGUUUGGUCAGUACCCAAAACUGAUCAAUCACAUGGCUAAUCAUGGACCCAUUGGCCCAUUUUCUUCCAUUUCUGAAACUGCAGCUAACGGUUGUGAGAAACCUAUUGAAUUUGCACUUCAUGAAAAUGGAACACUCACAGUGGUUGAUAGAUCCGCUUUAUCAAACUUUUCAUUCUUAUUUGGAAAACCCAUGUCAAAAUUGUCAAACCAAGCACAUUAUCAGGAUUCCUUGCCUUCAAACAAAAUGGCAGAAAGAGACCAUGCCCAAUGUAGAUGUGAGAGAUGUGGCCAAGUGUUUAGGAACCAGAGAAGUUUACAACAGCAUCAGCGAUAUCGUCCCCUUGAGCAAGGUUUUAAAUGUACCUUAUGUUGCAAAGAUUUUUAUGAUAGAGAGAGCCUUCGUGGGCACCUUCAGAAUCAUGCACAUGAACGUUUUUACAGUUGUGGACAUUGUGGGAAACGAUUCUUGAGACAAGAGACCUUGUUGUUACAUCAGAAGGAAUGGCAUGGGUCACUUGGAUCCAAGAGUUCCAGUAAAUUUGAUGAGGACCGUGAAAAUGGUAUAGAUAAAUCAUAUCCUUGCAAGAUUUGUGGCUUGCGUUUCUUUUGGUUAUCAGACCUGCAGAGCCAUUUGCUUAAUCAUUCUCAUGUCAGUAAAGCAACUGAUGAUCCCACACAAAAAGAGAACAUGCAGGAACAGGAUGAGAGCAGCCCUAAGAAAAAUGCCUCCCAUUCUCCUGAUGAUUCUACUACUGACCGAUCAUAUCGUUGUGGCUUAUGUGGAGGACACUUUAAUUGCUUGUCAGAUUUGAAAGAGCAUCAUCUAUCAGAUCAUCCAGAUGAGGACUCUUCUGAACCAGUACCUGAGAUUAGACGACAUUCUGUUAAUUAUUAUGGUAUAAUGCGUCAAAUGGUUUCAAAACACCAAACUCAACGAAUGGAUCUAUUGAGGCCACGAAUGAGAGGUAGACCAAGAGGAGGUGCUACCAGAGGUAAUCCACAUUCUAAGGUAUUCCCUUGCAAACAAUGCCAUCGUGUUUUUGUUCACUCUAGUAGCCUUUCUCGUCAUAUGCGAUACCAUAAGGGUACCCUUCAUACAUGCCUUUAUUGUGGUAGACACUUUCCACAAAGAUGUGAUGUCACAAGACAUGUUGCCAUGUACCAUAGUUCAGACAUAAAGCUUAAGGCAGAUGGUGAAAAAUUAGACCAUGAAGAUGAAACUGCUACGCAUGAGUCACCAAAAACGCAGACAAGCAAUGACAGUGAUCAUGAAGGUCAGGACAAUGAAGACCAGCAGUCACCAAAACCACCAGACAAAGAUGAGCUGUCAGAUACUCAAGAGACAUCUCAACUCAAGCCACGGAUGACCUACAAAUGCAAAGACUGUGGUCGAGUCUUUAGGCUACUUAGCGUAUUUCAGCGACAUGGGCGUUACCACAGAAUAAACCCCUCUCGGGUAUUGCUAAGCUGUCCUCAUUGUCCAUGUCGCUUCACCUUCCGCUCUGCUCUAGAGCGCCAUCUAGAGAAUCAUGAUAAAGAAGGGUCUGAGAAGCAUGGUCAAGAAGCAUCUCCAACUGCAGAGGCCAGUAUGGAGUAUUUAGAAAAUGAAGACGAUUUGAGUGUUGAAAGGAGCGAGUCAGAAGCUGAUUCAAAAGAGAGUACAUCAACAGACGUGUUGUAUGAAUGCACUGAAUGUACUGAGACCUUCACAGAGCUACAGCUAUUCCUCAAACAUCAAAGCUCUCAUGGUUGAAAGAUAUUUGAAGAAACAAUAUAAUAUACCUUGAACUGUUGAGUUAACUGUUUGAUACACUGCCACAUCUGCAAUGAACAACAAAUCAAGUACAUACUGAUUUCACCAAGGUUUUUCUGAAUUAAUUUCUUGUUUUACAAUUAUGCUAUUUUGAGAGAGUAGGGGUCAGAUCUUGGUUGAAUCAAAGAGAAUGCUAAAUUGUAUUAUAAUGCUACAGUGCUAAUUCUAAGCCACCAGCUGUCUACGCAUCUUUAUUUUUCCCUCUGUUACUCAUUAAUCUUGAAACAUUCAAUUUGUCCUCUACAGAAUCUAAGAACAGCUCAUAUCUGCCUUUGCAGUGUGUACACUUUUGAUAGUGAAUGUCUUCAAAGCUGCCAGUUACUGAUGUCCAAGACAAUCCCACAGAUUUUGUGAACAUGUUUUUCUUACUCUGAUAAUUACUGUCAAACAUUGUACUAAAUAUAGACACAGCAUGGAACAUGCAUAGAAAUGUUUAGUGCCCUUUCUUGUUUUCCUAGAGUAGGCCCUGAUUAAAUUAUUGGAUGGUACAGUGGCCAUAGAAAUAACUGUUUCCAUUCUUUUAACAAUUAAAAAAAACAGGUGUGCAGUUUAAAAAAUAUAUAUAUAUAUAUAUAUAUAUAUAUAUAUAUAUAUAUAUAUAUAUAUAUAUAUAUAUAUAUAUAUAUAUAUAUAUAUAUAUACCCCUUUACCCAGUAUUUGUAUGCACAAUGCUAUCAGGUUAUAUAGCCUCCUUUACAACAAGAGAUAAUGCUGAAAAAGUACUGCCAAAUUUAUUGUUGACACCCAAAAUGUACCCUUACCAACAGUCUGGUCGUGCUUUUUGCUCCUGCCUGGUUCAGGCAUUAUUGUAGAAGUCCAGGCUGAAGUAGUGUUGGUUGCCUGCAACAAGUUUUGUUGGAACCCAGGGUACGGUGGUAAGUUGGUGGUAUGAUGCAGUACAUAUUGCAGAUUUGUUUUGAGAGCUUCCUUGGUACUAUUGGGCUGGCAACUAGACAGCUGAAGAGAAAGCAUGUUUGUAUACAUAAUGUGCCCAAAGUUCCUUGCCAAGGUAAAGUGCUUUUCAUUCAAAAGAGUAACAUCUAAUAUAAUCACUGCAUUUGCAGUUAGGAGGACAGUAGACAUUUGAGGAGAAGUCAAUUCUGACACACUCCUGUCCUGCUGUAAAGACUAUAUAUACAAAGUAGGGCUGGUUGCAAUUCUACGAGCUCAUUCUCGGACAGUGGGUUUUGGUCCAUGAUGGUCCACCUUUGCACCACUAUGUAAACAGCAACUACCCCUGAAAAUACCCUGGGAUUGAUAACCAUUAUAUGGGAAUAUAACUGUAUACCCCUUGUGUCCAAAGCCACAGACUAUGUUCUUCAGUGAAUACCAAGGUCUAAAAUGAAGUAUAGGUGAUCAUUUUCAUCAGGUCAACACUUAAGUAUUAAUGUCACACUUUUUAUGCACGAGUCCUUCACUGUUCUGGCAAAUUGUGAAAAUUGUUACUAAAUGGCCACCUUAUUUGUUUCUAUGGCAUGUGGGUGAUUUCUUUUUUUAAUAAUGGCUAUAACUGCAGAUCUCUUGCGUACUUGUAUUAAUAAAAUUUGUUAUCUGA